CCUUCACAUCUCCUCUCUAUUGACUGGCUCUCCUGCAUCAUACUGGAGACCCCGUUGAGAGGAUCUUUUCUCUCUAUAAAGAGAAGAUGCAGCUCAGGCGCCUUUGAGAUGAUCGCAAGGAUUUACUGCGCGCGUCUCUGCCUCUAACUUCAGACGGGCAUUCACGGCUGCUUCAACACCAAAUCAUCUGGACUGUUAGCACACGAACAAAAUUUACCGAGUGGACUGAGAAACAUUUGAAUGUCGCGGGAUUUCACAGUCUAUUCUACCAGAGUGCCUGAGUCACCCAAGAUCUGAAUGCGAGCAUCCUUUCCUUCUGCGCUCCGAGCUGUAGUUUAGACUUUGUGCGUCGUCGCCUCUCGGCGCAGUUUGUGUUGCAGGUGCGUGGAGGAGGACAGGACAGAUGGCUGCGCUGGCGAUACAAAGGACUGACAACUUUUUGCACACCUUUUUACAGGACCGGACGCCCAGUUCCUCUCCAGAGGGAGCACCUAACGCCCUCUCCUUCCUGGCCACCACCUGUAGCCAGGCCUGGCAGGUGGGAGGCACUAUGGGCUCAGAAGGCUCCCAGUUUCCCUACGAGGGCACCGUCAGCUCCACAUCAGGAAUGUUUCAGCUCUGGAGCAACGACAUGGCGCCAAGCACAGCCCUAAGUACACACCAGAUGACCUUCACAGUGCCCAAGGUGCAGUUUCCUGGACACAUGCAGUCUGGCCUGGGUCACCAUCAUCAUCAUCCCCAUCAUCACCACCACCAUGAGCUGCCUCUCACCCCUCCGGCUGAACCCCCCUCCUCCUACUCAUUCGAACUCUCCCCUGUCAAAGUGCUGUCCUCGCAGCCACAGGCCAAUGGCCCCUAUUAUCCUCAGCACAACAGUGUGGGACAAAACUUCCCCAGCUUCCUCCAGAACUCCUCAGCCAGACAUCACCUAAGCGGGGGCCAUGUGGAAGAUGGGCAGCAGUGGUGGAGCCUUCCCCAAACCAAUGCCACCCCUUCCAACCAUCCCUUCUCCUUAGGCAGACAGCUGGUUUUGGGACAUCAGCCCCAGAUAGCUGCGCUUCUCCAGGGCACCUCCAAGGGUCUGCUGAGCUCCACUCGCCGCUGCCGCCGCUGCAAGUGCCCCAACUGCCAGGCGAAUGGUGGAGGGUUAGAGUUUGGAAAGAAGAGACUGCACAUCUGCCACAUCCCAGAGUGUGGGAAAGUGUACAAGAAGACCUCUCACUUGAAGGCACAUCUGCGUUGGCAUGCCGGGGAGAGGCCCUUCAUCUGUAACUGGCUCUUCUGUGGUAAAAGCUUCACCCGUUCAGAUGAGCUACAGCGGCACCUCCGCACACACACCGGAGAGAAGCGCUUUGGGUGUCAGCAGUGCGGCAAGAGGUUCAUGAGGAGUGACCACCUCUCCAAACAUGUCAAGACCCACCAGACCAGGAAAAGCCGGUCUGGGCAGCCUUCACAGAGCACGGACCCUCUGCUCACCAAUAUCAAGAGAGAGUAAUCUCUGUGGUCCAUCAUUCAAAAAUAAUAAUCAAUCAAUGAACAGACUGUGUGACUUACACUUACUGCCAUAGGUUUGCACUAUAGAGGGUAAGCAUCAAGCUCCCUGAAGAUCUUCCAUUGUCAAAGCCCUACUUUUGUCUUAAAGUAGUAAAAAUAUAUUUAGAGACCAUUUUUAAUCAAAGUCAUCUGUGCUGUUUGGGGAAAGGCACUUUUAAAGAAUACUUGAAGCUUUUUUCAGCGAUAUUGUGAGAAUUGUCCUGAAUUCAGUGUCCUUUUCAAGUUGCCACAUAAACAGACUUCACCGUAAAUAAAACUAAUUUCUUUGAAAAAAAUUAAGAUUUGUACAAAUUUCAGCUGAUGUAAAAAUCUAAUUUUUUUUUCAGAGUUCAUUUUGUAAAUAUUUUAUUCAUGUGAAGGACGUAGCAUACAUGAGCGAAAUUUCCACAAGGUUUCCUUUAAUAUGUUGUCCAUAUUAUCAUGUUCAAAAUAAAUGUAUGCCUUCGUACAGCUAAAA